ACACCCCCCGUCAUUAUAGUUAGAUAGCGCAAGAUGGUUUUAAUGUUUUUGUUUAAAAGUUUGUUUAGUGUUAUGUUAAAAUAGAACCGGGUAAAUUCGAGUAAGUAAAAGAGAUAAAUAUAAACUCGUCGUUUCCGAUGCGUUUAUUUACGUUGCGAUACAUCAGCCCGGUUCGAUGUUUUUCUCGGCCCUAUCUUGAUAUAUAACACGAUUAUCACUUGCUUCCUUCCCGAAUCUUUUUUUUUAGUAGAUCAACAUUGACGAAGAUGAUGCCCAUCAAGGACAAUCAGGAUGUGGCAUGCUUCUUUGUCACCAAACACUCGUGGAAGGGAAAGUACAAAAGGAUAUUUUCAAUUGGUUCGUUAGGGAUUACUACUUACAAUCCAAAUACUUUAGAAGUCACAAAUAAAUGGGUUUAUGGGGAUUUUAUUUCUGUAAAUCCUUUGAAAAACACUGGAGGUGUUUCAAAUGAGUUUCAAAUUACAAUGAGGAAAGAGAGAAAAAUUGAUAAUAUGAGGUUUUCAACUGAACACAGGGCUCAGUUACUAACUGAAGCCUUAAAAUUUAGGCACUUAUUUGCCGAAAAACCAAAAGAAAUUCUGAGAUACAAUGCAUAUAAACUACAUUGGUCAGAUAUAAGAUUACCUGUAAUCUUGGAAGUCACUCCGUAUUCCUUGGAUCAAUUAGAUCCAACAACAAGUCUUGUCUUAGCAAGUUAUUACUUCAAAGAUUUUGAAGGGAUUUGUACAAUGUCCGAUCAUCCAGGUGGAUUUGUUAUAGUUUGUGGAGGUUUUGGUAGGCUACAUAUGUUUCAAUCACCUCAUUUGGACGAAAUUAAACAAAAAAUGUUAGAAAAUGCCACUGCUAACUUAGGCAUAAACAUUAAAGUCGUUACAGGAGCCCAAGCAAUCACCUUAGAAGAUUUUCAGCUACAAAGAUUUGGAAAAUACAGCGAUGAUGAACAUUUAACAUCAGUAUCAGAAUUUGCAGUCUAUAAAAUCCAUAAAACGCGCCACCCUGAUCCCGUUAAAAGAACACUUUGCCUAUCGGAAACUUGUCUCUUAGAAAGAGAUCCUCAAACUUACAGUAUAUGCACUUUAAAACCACUAAGUGACAUUUUUGCGUUAGUUAGAGACAACGAAAAUCCACAAUUAUUCAGUAUCGAAUACAUAAGUGGGCAAAUUCGGUCAUAUACAGCUACAGAAAGGGACGCCUUACUUGCAUCGCUUUUGGAUGGCGUUCGAGCAUCUGGGAAUCGAAACGUUCAUGUUAUUAUGGCGCACACCGAUAAAGGUCUUCGGGUAGGUCCGCUUUAUAUGCCUGUUGAAGAAGAAGUGGAGAGUAUGCAUAUAAAAUUUCUUCAAAAUCCACCUCCUAGGAAAAGUUUUUAUGAAUGCGUUAGAAGAUUCAACGCCAAUGUUCCGUAUAGUGGACUUUUGUAUAGUGUUACUCAAGAUGGUAUUUUCUCCGAAAACAAAGAUAAACUAAUAACCGCUGCUUUACAAUCCCUCGUCCAAAAAGAAGGAGAUCAAAAAUCGGUAACCCCAAUUGAAUUAGAAUCACAAUUUCAAGCUUUAAGGCGAUUGGUCGCUAAUAAAGUUGGUUAUGCUUCUUUUACUUCGUUACCAGGAUUUCGGGAAGCGAUAGGAAUGAAAGUCGUAACAGCGCUUAAACGAAAUGAUUAUGGGGUUACUCAUGCCGCGAUAGACAUGAUUUGCGCUUUAAUGCACCCUAUGCAUGAUGAUUACGAAUUGAGACAAGAGCAAUUGAACAAAUCCUCACUUUUACAGAAAAAAGCUUUCUUAGAAAGUUUAUUGAAUAUGUGGACUACACACGUUUCACAUGGAACAGGAGCGAUGGUUGUUGCAGCAAUGUUGGAUUUCUUAACUUUUUCUCUUUGUGUACCUUAUAGCGAAACAACCGAUGGAAAACAUUUUGAUGUCUUAUUAGAAAUGGUUGCUGAUAGAGGACGAUUUUUAUUUAGACUGUUUCAACAUCCAUCAUUAGCUGUAGUUAAAGGAGCCGGUCUUGUAAUGCGUGCACUUAUUGAAGAAGGUGAAGCGGAAGUAGCAGCACGAAUGCAAAGCUUAGCUUUAGCUGAAGGUGCGCUACCACGGCAUCUUUUAGCGGCUUUAUACACCCAAGGAUCUGAUGGACGGUUACUUACACACAGACAAUUAUCGCGACAUUUAGUGGGUCUUUGGGUUACAGGAAAUCCAAUUGCUAUGGGUUUAUUAAAAAGAAUCAUGCCUAGAGGUUUGAUCAGUUUUUUGGACUCCAAAGACGAGGUUCCAAAAGCAGCGCUCGAACAAGAACUACUUAACCAUCGAGAUAAUUUGAAAAUGGCUCAAGAUCACUCAAAUAAAUUGAAAAAGGGCCCAAAUUGGGCUGCUGUUGAGCGUCAAUUAAGAAUGGUUGAGAAGCGAGUUGAACAUUAUACAAAUCUUGCCAUGCAACAUUGGGGAAUUACCAUAGAAAGGAAAGAAAAGAUUAAAGAGAAACCGAUUGUUUUGAGGAGGAGGCGAGAAAGGGUAAAAGCAGAAGCUAACUGGAUAUUAUUUUAUUACAAGUUUAAUCAAGAUCAUGAUUUACCUAAUUUAAUAUGGAAUCACAAGACUCGGGAAGAACUUCGAAGUGCCUUAGAAAAUGAGAUCCGAGCGUUUACAUCUGAUCGUGAACUCGCUGGUUCGGCUCUUGUAGCGUGGAAUCAUCAAGAGUUCGAAGUCAAUUAUCAAUGUUUGGCGGACGAAGUUAAAAUCGGGGAUUAUUAUUUAAGAUUGUUACUGGAAAUGGAUGAUAAUGAUGAUUCUCCAAUACGACGAUCUUACGAAUUUUUCAAUGAUCUUUAUCACAGAUUUCUUUUAACCAAUAAAGUCGAAAUGAAAUGUAUGUGUUUACAAGCCAUGUCAAUUGUUUACGGCCGAUAUUACGAAGAUAUCGGUCCGUUUAGUGAUACCAAAUAUAUAGUAGGGAUUUUAGAAAAGUGUGUCGAUAAGAUGGAGAGAGAUCGAAUCAUUAUGUUCCUAACAAAAUUAAUUUUACACAGAAGGAACAUUGGUGACGUUUUAGAUUCUGGUGGAAUAAGAAUCUUAGUAGAUUUGCUAACAUUGGCCCAUCUACAUACUUCAAGAGCUGUGAUACCGACCCAAACUAACGUUAUUGAAGCAAGUCCAGAUAUGAUUGUGGAAAAAGAAAAGGAAUGGUAUUACAUUAACACUGAAGAGUCCGGUAGAAAAGGACCCGUUACGUUUAAAGAGAUGAAAGAGUUGUUUCAAAAGGGGGUGAUUAAUCAUCGAACGAGGUGUUGGGCGAUGGGGUUGGAUGGCUGGAGGAGUUUGGCUCAGUUACCACAAUUAAAAUGGACGCUUAUGGCGAGAGGAAAUCCGGUUUAUAAUGAAAGUGAAUUAGCUACACAAAUUUUAAACAUUUUAAUUAAAAUGUGCGAAUAUUUUCCAAGUCGUGAUCAAGAUGAUGCUGUAGUUCGACCUCUUCCAAAAGUAAAAAGAUUUCUAUCCGAUACAACAAGUCUCUCACAUAUAGUCCAAUUAUUACUAACUUUUGAUCCGAUUUUAGUAGAAAAAGUAGCUACUUUACUAACGGAAAUCAUGAGAGAUAAUCCAGAAAUAUCUAAAGUUUACUUAACGGGUGUUUUCUACUUUAUUUUGAUGUACACGGGAAGUAACGUGUUACCCAUUGCAAGAUUUUUACAACUUACCCAUAUGAAGCAAGCUUUUAAAGCUGAUGAUAUGCAAAUAUCCGAUAUAAUGCAAAGAAGCAUCUUGGGACAAUUACUACCUGAGGCCAUGGUUAAUUAUUUAGAAAAUCACGGAGCUGAGAAAUUUGCUCAAAUAUUUUUGGGCGAAUUUGAUACACCGGAAGCGAUUUGGAACGCGGAAAUGCGAAGAAUGUUAAUUGAAAAAAUCGCUGCUCAUAUAGCGGAUUUUUCGCCGAGAUUACGCAGUCAUACAAUGGCUAGAUAUCAUUACAUUGCAAUUCCCGCUGUAAGAUAUCCUCAAUUAGAAAGGGAAUUGUUUUGUAACAUUUUUUAUUUACGUCAUUUGUGUGAUACGACGAAAUUUCCUGAUUGGCCUAUUCCAGAUCCGAUUAAAUUAUUAAAAGAUACUUUGGAAGCGUGGCGAUCCGAAGUUGAAAAGAAACCACCAAUUAUGACCGUUGAAGAUGCUUAUAAAAGUUUGGGCUUAGAUGGCACUAAGCAUGAAGAAGCAACUAUAAGAAAAGCUUAUUACAAAUUAGCCCAAAAAUAUCAUCCAGACAAAAAUCCAGAUGGAAGAGAAAUUUUUGAAAAAGUUAAUCAAGCUUAUGAAUUCCUCUGCAGCCGAAGCAGUUGGAAUACGGACGGUCCAAAUCCGCACAAUAUCGUUUUAGUUUUACGAACGCAAAGUAUAUUGUUCAAUAGAUAUUCUCAAGAGCUCCAACCAUACAAAUACGCCGGUUAUCCUCAAUUAAUCAAAACAAUCAAAAUUGAAACUGCCGACGACCAAUUAUUUUCUAAAAGUGCUCCAUUAUUAUCAGCAGCAAGCGAACUUGCUUAUCAUACUGUUCAUUGUUCUGCAUUAAAUGCAGAGGAAUUAAGGAGAGAAAAUGGACUUGAAGUACUUCUUGAAGCUUAUACAAGAUGUGUAAACGUCCUUAGCAAUUCAUCAAAAUCAUCAGAAACGUCCGUGCAAGUUUGUCAGCACAUAACAAGAUGUUUCAGUGUCGCAGCACAAUUUCCGGCCUGUCGCGAAAGGAUGAUCGGCUUACAGGAACUUAUCGGCGACAUCUGUAGGAUAUUAUAUUUCCAAAAACUAACUAAAUUGUGUUACACAGCAACCGAAUGCGUAACAGCUUUAGCAGCUGAUUCAAUUUUACAAAUGCAACUUUUAAAAACGGGGGCGUUAUGGCAUUUAUUACUUUUUAUGUUUCAAUAUGAUUUUACUUUGGAUGAGGGUGGAGUUGAAAAAUCAGAAGACGCCAAUAAACAGGAAGUGAGUAAUCGUUUAGCCAAAGAAGCAGUCAGAGCUUGUGGAAGAUUAGGGGGUUACUUAAAAGGGGAUUUGGCCUCUCCAGAAAAUCCUAUUACAAAAGAAAUUCUUAACAGAUUGCUUACACCAUACUUAGCUGAUAAAUUAAGUGAAGAAAAUCCAGCUGAAAUUUUGAAGAUUUUAAAUAGUAAUUGUGAAACGCCGUAUUUAGUUUGGGAUAAUGGAACAAGAGCGGAAUUAAAUGAUUUCUUAGAAACGCAACGAUCUGAUAGGGAAGCAACCGAUUUAACAAUCGACACCAAUUUUAUUUAUUCUGCUCAUAAAGACGAAUUGAAAAUUGGUGGAAUAUUUAUUAGGAUUUAUAAUCAACAACCUACUUAUCCAAUUACAAAUCCCAAAUCUUUAGUAAUCGAACUUCUAAGCUACUUAACCGAACAAUACCAUCACUUAAAAGAUUUAGUAAAUAUAGCACUUUCCGUAACGAUUGAAGAUAGAUUAAAAAAUACUCCAAUGGCUUUAGAAGCCUUAGCCAACAUUAUCAAAAAUAACCAGGGGGUUGAAUUACAAUGUAUAGGGUUUUUCAAACUUCUUUUCCAUUUACUUAACGUUACUCACACUCCCAUUCAAAGAGCUGCUCUCAACAUUAUCUCAAUAGUUACCAGAAACAACGAAUGCGUCAAUGAUAUCGCAGCAAGUGAAGUGUUGGGUUGUUUAUUAUUGCUUUUGUAUAGUCUUCAAGAUUGUCAACAACAAACUUUGGAUGUUCUUUACGCGUUAAUGUCCACGACGAGAAUCGUUAAAGAAUCUUUGGGUAAAGGCGCGGUUAUUUAUUUGUUGGAUUUGUUUUGUAACUCAACCAAUCCGCAAGUUCGGGAAAUCUGCGCGGAGUUAUUAGCCAAAAUGAGUGCUGAUAAAUUGGUUGGACCGAAAGUUCGUAUUGCUGUUAGCGCAUUUUUGCCUCCUAUAUUUGCGGACGCGAUGAGAGAUAGCCCUCAAACGUCUGUACAAAUGUUUGAGUCCGCUCAUGAACACCCUGAGCUUAUUUGGGACCAAGAAGCUAAAGAUCGAGUUUGUGGAGCUGUUGCAAAAUUAAGAAGAGAACAUCAAACAUUACAAGCUGGUAAUCAAGCAACAUUAUGGAAAAUGCCAGAUAGUAAUGGUCUUACUAAUUGGGCCACACCAAACGAAUUUGUUGUUGGUGGUGUGUAUUUGAGGAUUUUUAUAUCCAAUCCAGCGUGGACCUUAAGAAAACCAAAAGAAUUCCUUUCUGAACUCUUAGAAACCUGUCUCAAUAUAAUGACUAAAGAUAAACCGAAUGCCGACCAAUUGGAAAUGGGUACAACAGCCCUCUGUGCCUUACUUCACGCACAACCCGCCCUUUUGGAUUUAAUUCCAUCAAUGGGACACAUCCCAAGACUUUGUCGACAAAUGGGCACAAAUGUUAGGCAAACUUGUGUACCCAAAUCUGCGAUUCAAAUAUUACACGCGCUCUCUAUUAGCAAUAUUUGUGUAACUGCAAUAGCUCAAACGGAAUGCAUGCACCCUUUAAAACAAGCGAUGCAAGUCAGAAAAGAUAUGAUAGCACUCGCUUGCGAAGCAUUAAAUAGAUUAUUUUCAUCAAAUCAGGAACCAUUGGUUAAACAAGCUCUAGAUGUCGAUUUCGUACAGUAUUUACUGGAUUUAUUAGAUGGGAAGUUAGAAUUGGAAAAUCCUGCAAUGACCAAAGCCCAAAUUGUCAAAGCUUUAAAAGCUAUGACAAAAAGUUUAACUUAUGGCGAAAAAGUUUCCGCUAUUUUAGAAAAAAGUUCGAUUUGGGCGGAUUAUAAAGAUCAAAAGCACGAUCUCUUUAUUUCUAGUGGACCAGCCAUUGGUUACUUAACAGCUGGUACACCAACAACUGCUGGAUACUUAACACAAGCUCCAACUGCUACGAAAAUGAAUACCGCUCCACCUCCAGUUGAUAAAGAUGAUCCAUUAUUAAGAACAGGCGGUCUUUGACACAGUUGCGGAGGGAAAUUCGAAUUUAUUUCAGUUUUAGAGUGUAUAUACUCACAUUCCGGAUGGUUCUAUUUGAAAAGCGAACGAGUAAAGUGAUUUUAUAUAUAAAAAAAAAAAUAAAUAAAUAAAUUAAGGAACAAACUGAAGAACUAGUUACGUGUAUAUGUAUGUACUAUAAAAAAAAAUAACGGCAACAUACAAAAAGGAUUUACAGACAAAAAAGAAGUGUAAAGUAUUUGUAUUUUAAUAAUUGUUAAGGUUUAAGUAUCAACAACCUUUUUCCUAUUUGGAUAUUCCUAAGUUACGCUUGUUUACUGUUCGAUUUGUGAUUAUUAUAAUUAAUAUUAUUGCUUCAUUAUU